AUGGCCUUCUUCAACUUAUACCUGUUGGGUUAUCAGAAUUCCUUUCGGAACAAGAAAAGGGACACAACUGAAGAAACAAACCAGAAGGAACUGGUGCCCACUAGGCUUCCCCCUAUUAUCCCAGAAGAUGGGAAUUAUUCUGUGCACCAGAAUAGCCACAAAAGGUACCACGAAGCUGUAAAGAAGGUGUUGUUAAAGACAUUCCCCAAUCAGGUCUUCAGAGUCCCCUUGACUGAUGCUCAGAACUUCAGCUUCUGGCGGUCCCGUGAUCCAGGAGUGCGCCCAGAGGAAACCAUGCCAUGGAUCCGAAGCCCCCGCCACUGCCUCAUCAGAAGCCCAAUGACCAGGUUAGGCUGGGAUGGGUGA